GCAUCACAGGCGGCAGCAGCAUCACGGAUGGCAGCAGCAGCAUCACAGGCGGCAGCAGCAUCACAGGCGGCAGCAGCAUCACAGGCGGCAGCAGCAUCACAGGCGGCGGCAGCAUCACGGAUGGCGGCAGCAGCAUCACAGGCGGCAGCAGCAUCACGGAUGGCAGCAGCAGCAUCACAGGUGGCAGCAGCACGGAUGGCAGCAGCAGCAUCACAGGCGGCAGCAGCAGCAUCACGGAUGGCAGCAGCAGCAUCACAGGCGGCAGCAGCAGCAUCACAGGUGGCAGCAGCACGGAUGGCAGCGGCAGCAGCAUCAACAACGGCUAUGGUAGCAGCAGCACGGAUGGCAGCGGCAGCAACAUCAACAACGGCUAUAGCAGCAGCAAUAGCAACAACGGCUAUAGCGGCGGCAACAUUGAUGGCAGCAACAACGUCGAUAGCAGCAGCAGCAGCAUCAACAACGUCGAUGGCAGCAGCAGCAUCAACAACAGCUAUGGCAGCAGCAACAUUGGUGGUGAUGGCAGCAGCAGCAGCAGCAGCAGCAGCAACGUCGAUGGCAGCAGCAGCAUCAACAACGGCUAUGGCAGCAGCAACAUUGAUGGUGAUGGCAGCAGCAGCAGCAGCAGCAGCAGCAGCAACGUCGAUGGCAGCAACAGCAACGUCGAUGGCAGCAACAGCAACGUCGAUGACAGCAACAGCAACGUCGACAGCAACAGCAACGUCGACAGCAGCAGCAACGGCAAUGACGGCAGCAGCAACGGCAAUGACGGCAGCAGCAACGGCAAUGACGGCAGCGACAGGAUCAUCAUCAGCGACAACAGCUACACCGGCCUUGGCAUUGGCAGCUUCAGCAGCAUCGACAGCAUCACCAGCAUCGGCAGCAGCAGCAGCAGCAGCAGCAGCAGCAGCAGCAGCAGCAGCAGCAGCAGCGACACCAGAAGCCCGAUUUGGAGGUGUUGUGCUGCAGGAGAUUUAAAUUUUGCUGUUGUUGCAGAAGAAUGCAUUGAUGACUGCGGAGAGGCCUUGGGGUGUAUGGGCAGCUCAAAAGGCAGAGACAGCGCCGUCUGUAUCGAAGUGCCGGAGCUGCAGCAAAUUGUAGAUGAAUACCAAGCAGCAACUUGCAUUAUGGCUGAAAAUACAUGA